UGUGCUGCUCCCUCUCGCGGUCCUGCUGCCCGUCCUCGAGCCCGCGCUCGCCCUCUCUGCCGGCGAGCCUCUCCCGGUCCUCGCCACCGCCCUCUCCGCUUGCUACGUCACCGUGCUCGUCGCCGGCGCGUUGCUCGUGCCGCGCGUGCGCUCCUUCCAGCGCGUGCGCGUGCGGUUGCGUGGCGCCGACUCGUUCCCGAAUGCUUUCUAUUGCGCCCCCGUCGCGGCGGCCAUCGCAGCGCGCUGCGAGGCCGCCGUCGCCGCGGUGCGCACCUAUUCUCGGCGGGCAGCCGCGGCGCCCGUCCUCCUCAAGUUUGGCGCCGAGUGCUCCAUCUGCAUGGGGCCCAUCGAGCCGGGGCGGAGGGCGCGCGAGCUGCACGCUUGCGGCCACUCUUUCCACGAGGAGUGCAUACUGCCCUGGCUGCUCAUGUCGGCCACGCCGCGCUGCCCAAACUGCAGAGAGGUGGCCGACCUCGACGGCUUCGAGGAGGCCCUUGCCGCGGCCGGCGCGCCGCCGGUGGCGCGCCGCCCAGUACGUCCCCAGCCGGUGCGGCCAUAUGAGGUUGGGGAAACGGAGCAGUGGGAGGCGCCCGUCUAAUGCUUCAGUAUCUCUUGUUUGUUCGCAGUUCCGAGUUCGGACAUCGGAGGCCCCGGGCCUCGCGGCCCCGCGCGGCGACCGCGUUAGCUCGGCCCGGUCGAAACGUUGCUAAAAACUGUACUUUUUGUGA